UCAAGCGAACACAUUGUAAUAUUUUAACAAAUAAAAAUUUAUUAUUUUAAAUAAUUUAAGACUGUUAAGUUGUUGUUUGUUGAGUGUACUUAGAACGAGUUUUUGUUUGAAAACAUGUUUUAUAAAAUAUUAAUAAUUUGGACUUGUUUGUUGUGUUUAAGUGAAGCGAAUAUUGAUUUACCGUUAAAUGAUACAAACGAAUUUAUACUUAGUUAUGAACAAGGAACUGUGCGUGGACGAAUUGAUAUAGAUGUUGAUGGAAAAUCAUUUUAUAGUUUUCAAGGAAUGCCGUAUGCAAAACCACCUGUAGGAGAUUUACGAUUUAAGGAACCAGAACCGUUUGAAAAAUGGGAUAAACAUGAGAUUUGGGACGGAACGAAAGAAGGAUCUAAAUGUCCACAAAAAUUAUUAGAUGGGACAAUUGAAGGUGAUGAAAAUUGUUUGUUUGUAAAUGUUUACACUCGAUAUAUAGAGAAAGAUUUUAAGGGUACUAAAAACGUAUUAGUUUGGUUCCAUGGUGGAAGUUUCGUAGAGGGCUCCGGUAAUACUGAUAUUCAUGGUCCCAAGUAUAUUGUUAGUGAAGAUAUCGUAUUAGUUACAUUUAAUUAUCGUUUGGGAGCUUUAGGUUUUCUCACCAUUGAUGAUCCCCAAUUCAACAUAAGCGGCAAUGCUGGAAUUAAAGAUCAAUUAUUGGUAUUACGUUGGGUCAGAAAAUAUAUUCAUAAUUUUGGUGGCGAUGCUACUCGCGUCACAAUUGGUGGAAAUAGUGCUGGUGGAAUUUCUGCAGAUUUACAUAUGCUAUCAACGUAUUCCAACAAUAAAGAGAAAUUAUUUAAUCGUGUCAUUUCACAAAGUGCUCCGUUAAUGUUAUUUGAAGUUACAUGGCCAAAACCAGGUUGGGCUCGAGACUUAGCUGUAUUAAUGCAAUUUGAUCCUACGAAUAACAGUACUGCAGAUCUGUACGAUCAUUUAAAAAGUCAAGAUGUUGGGCAGUUGUUAGAUGCUCAAACAAUUUUGUCUGGUGUUCAGAAUACAAAAAAUUUCAUCAGACCAUGUUUGGAACCAGAAACAGCUAAAAAUCGAAUUAUAUCGGACUUACCAAUAAAUAUCAUAAAAGAAAACAAAUUCAGACAAGUACCUUAUUUAAAAGGAUUUGUUGAUCAAGAAGCAAUGUUUGUACUUUUAUAUAUUGCAAUGAAUCCAAAUCUUGUACCGAAAGAUGCAAAAGAUGUUGAAGCAUAUUUACCAAAAGAUAUGGGAUUAGAACCAGGCACUGAUAAAUCGUUAGAGUAUGCAACGAAAGUUUAUAAACGUUAUUUCCAUGAAAAUGAAAAUCAAAUACAGAAUUAUUUGAAUUUAGUUGGAGAUACUUCGUUUGUUUAUCCAAUAAAUCGACAAGCCCUUGAAAUGGCAAAAGUAAUGGGACGUAAUUCAUUAUUUUACUAUUUAUUUACGUUGGACACAGAAUUGAAUUUAUUUAAACGCCAGUUGAAUAUUACCGAUUAUAAAGGCGCUGCUCACACAGAUGAAAAAGGAUACUUAUUUAAUUUCGAUGGAUCCCCAAAGAUAGUUCAAGGCAGUGAUUUAUAUAAAUAUAUAAAACGAAUGCUAAAAUUAUGGACAAAUUUUGCAAAAUAUGGUGAUCCAAAUGGUGCAAAUGCAACACGUGUAGAUGGUGUAUAUUGGCCAAGUGUUACAAAGACAGAAUUAAAUUAUUUAAAAAUUGAUAAAGAAUUAACUCGUGGUAUUGCACCAUUUAGUGAUAUGAUUAAAUUUUGGGAUGAACUAUAUGAGUCACUAAGAAGUAAAGGAUUUUUCCCACAAUCGAAUCCAUUGUUUUGUUUUAUUACAGUAUCUGUAUUUGUUGUAUCAGUAUUUUAUAGUGCGUAAAGAUGUUUAAAGGGUUAAGCAAAACGAUUUGAUUCAAAAUCGAACAAUGGAUUAAACUCAGAAUAACAAUUAAAAAUUUGGGAACCAACUUUCGCUAGUACUUAAUACGUAGUAAUAAUAAUUAUAAAGUAUCGUGAAUUGUCCAUUAAAAAACACAUAAUUUUUUUCCGUAUAAGAAGACAUAAAAUCAAAGACUUGGCUCAUUUUGAUUAUAACAAUCCAUUGAAUUGAUUCUUGAAUCUGAUUGCAAAUUUUCAACGUUAUGUAAAUA